CGGCGCUGCUGCUGCACCGCCCGGCGGGAUCGCGCCCUGCCCGCUCCCCGCCAUGGCACGGCCGGGGCGCCGCCAGCCGCAGCCCGCCUGACAGCCGCGAGGCACCUGCCUCAGCCUCCCGAGGGAGCCGGGGGUCAGCAUGGGGGGGAGCCAGUUGUGAACAUUUGCUUUGGGAGGAAUGCGGGUGUGGAUGGUCCAGAUUGCCACCCAGGGGAGGAGAGAGCUGGAGACGCUAGGCUAAAAUAACCCGAGGGGAAAGAAGAAGAAGCUAUUCAUCCACUCCUGUGCCUUGUUGAGAUUUAUAUAUCUAUGUGUGUGUGUAUAUAUAAUAUACAAUUUCCCAUCCCUAUUUCCCUGUGCCACUUUGUGUCAUCAUCUUUGGGGAAUUUAACAAGAAGCCAUCAGGACACUGAACUGAAGAUAGAAAGAGGAGAAGAGAAACCAGACCCACAUCUGAGCUGACGGCUGGGUCCAAAAAUCCAUCCGAUUAAUAAAUAAAAUUGUGAGACAGACACGGGGGAAAAGAACUUUGAGGGAAUUUUUUUUCCCCUGCAGAGGUGUUUUUUUGUUUUUGUUUUUUGUUUUUUUCCUCCCUCCACUCCCCACCCCAACCUAAUCAUGAUGUUUCGAGAUCAGGUUGGAGUGCUGGCUGGUUGGUUUAAAGGCUGGAAUGAAUGCGAGCAGACUGUUGCUUUGCUCUCCUUGUUGAAGCGGGUGAGUCGAUCCCAAGCCCGUUUCCUCCAGCUCUGCCUGGAGCAUUCGUUGGCAGAUUGCACUGAGCUGCACAUUCUAGAAGGGGAAGCCAACAACCCUGGAAUCAUUAACCAAUGGCAACAGGAAUCCAAGGAUAAAGUGAUCUCCCUAUUGUUAACCCAUCUGCCUUUACUGAAACCAGGAAACAUUGAAGCAAAAGUGGAAUACAUGAAACUGUUGCCUAAAAUCCUGGCUCAUUCGAUUGAACACAACCAACACAUAGAAGAGAGCAGGCAGCUUUUGUCCUAUGCUUUGAUCCAUCCUGCCACUUCACUGGAAGACAGGAGCGCUCUGGCCAUGUGGCUCAAUCACUUAGAGGAUCGCACAUCGGGUAGUUUUGGCAGCCAAAACAGAGGUCGGUCCGAUUCUGUGGAUUAUGGACAGACACAUUACUAUCACCAAAGACAGAACUCUGACGACAAGCUGAAUGGGUGGCAGAACUCUCGAGAUUCUGGGAUAUGUGUCAGUGCUUCCAGCUGGCAGGACAAAAACCUGGGGUGUGAGAACGGCCAUUUGCCCCUCUACUCUUCUUCUUCUGUCCCCACUACGAUCAAUACUAUCGGAACUAAUACAAGCACAAUUCUCUCAGGCCAGACACACCACAGCCCUUUGAAACGAUCUGUGUCCCUUACCCCACCCAUGAAUGUGCCAAACCAGCCUCUAGGACAUGGAUGGAUGUCUCAUGAGGAUUUACGAGCUAGAGGACCCCAGUGCAUCCCCUCCGAUCACGCCCCCCUGUCUCCACAGAGCAGUGUAGCCUCUUCGGGAAGUGGUGGGAGUGAACAUUUAGAAGAUCAGCCUUCCGCUCGUAACACAUUCCAGGAAGAAGGGAGUGGUAUGAAAGAUGUUCCUGCCUGGCUGAAGAGUCUCCGCCUGCACAAGUAUGCAGCUCUUUUCUCCCAGAUGACAUACGAAGAAAUGAUGGCACUGACCGAAUGCCAGCUCGAGGCACAAAAUGUUACCAAAGGUGCAAGGCACAAAAUAGUCAUCAGUAUCCAAAAGCUGAAAGAGAGGCAGAAUCUUCUCAAGUCUUUAGAAAGGGACAUCCUGGAAGGUGGCAACCUGCGCAUCCCACUGCAGGAGCUACACCAAAUGAUCCUCACCCCAAUCAAAGCCUACUGCUCCCAGAACUCAAAUACAGACGACCAGAGCCGGGACCUGGAUUCCCACCACCUGCCUUCUCUGAUCGGCUCGGACAGCCAAGGCUCCGACUGCAAGGACUCUGCCUCUGGGUGCAUACAGCAGCACCACUUGCCUGGCUGCGAGGGCGAGUCUGGAGGGGCACCUUUGCCCGAAGGGGAUCUCCCUGGGCAGUUCACAAGAGUCAUGGGGAAAGUAUGUACACAACUUUUAGUUUCCAGACCUGACGAGGAGAAUAUAAGUUCCUAUUUACAGCUCAUAGACAAAUGUCUAAUUCAUGAGGCAUUUACAGAGACACAGAAGAAAAGAUUGUUGUCAUGGAAACAGCAGGUGCAAAAACUCUUCAGGUCUUUCCCUCGGAAAUCCCUUCUAGACAUAUCAGGAUAUCGGCAGCAAAGAAAUCGAGGCUUUGGCCAGUCGAACUCCUUACCAACAGCUGGCUCUGUCGGUGCAGGAAUGGGCAGACGGAACCCACGCCAGUUCCAGAUUCCCUCCCGGAAUCUCCCCCCCACCCGGCUGGGUCUGCUGGGCCCCAGUGGACUCCUAGGAGCUGCACAACGCAGCGCAGCUACCAACCCAACCAUCCUGAAACAAGGAAGACAGAAUCUCUGGUUCGCAAACCCCGGGGGUAGCAACAGCAUGCCAAGCCGGACCCAUAGCUCCGUGCAGAGGACGCGUUCCCUGCCCGUCCACACAUCCCCACAGACCAUGCUGAUGUUUCAGCAGCCAGAGUUCCAGGUACCAGUGACAGAACCUGACAUCAACAACAGGCUGGAGUCCUUGUGCCUGAGUAUGACUGAACAUGCCCUGGGGGAGAGCUGUGCAUGGAGCGUCAUAGGCACUGUGGAUUUCAUUGGCGGGAGCAGGCAUGAUAAGCCCACGCACACCUCUCAGCGCUUUCUGACUGACGGCGUGGACAGAACCUCUACGAUAUAGAAGAUGAACGUGUAACGGUGACAGCGCUGGCCGUGAGAAUGACUGCUGCGGGUCCAGUGGCAACAGUCUCCAGACGUGCACAGGAUUCUCAAAGAGAUUUUGCAUUCUCUCUCUCUCUCUCUCUCUCUCUCUCGUUUUAAUUUUGUGAAUGUGUAGAUUGUCCUUGUGAACUUAUCAUUAGAAUUGGACUUUGUUUUGUCAUUUAUUACAUCCUCUCUAGAGGAAAAGUGUGGGGGAAAGGCAAAGUGCUGGUCAAUAAGGUGUUAAUCUCCAGCUAGGGAGGAUGGAGAGCACCAGGCAAACAGGCACCAGGCAAACCCUGUUUCUGAAGGAGGAAAUUAACAAAUAUCACAUGUGUGACCAAAAAACAAGGGGGUAACUUAUUGUUCAGAGUUUACAACUCUUGUAUUUCACUGGAGCUCAAACAUCUACUGGAGCUGCAGUGCAGUCAAAAAGGAAAAUAAAAACCAACCACCACCAAACAUCCUUUCAACCAAAUUUAAAACAACUAAAUUUCAAUUUGUGUAUUGUUUACAUAAGAGCAGAUAUAAAGGGUACAUAAGUGUGUAAAAAUGUCUGGUAGGCCUUUGUCUCAUAUUCCUGUUGUAAAGGAUUUUUUUGUUUUACUUCUGUUAAUAGCAGCAGGUUUGCAUUUUACAUAGCAACCAAGCUGUGCUUCUAGGGGCAGGCCUUGGGUUUUCAUCUUAUCAGCUGGGAUGGAGAGGACAUCGGAGAAGAGAGGAGGGAUGUUGUGGAGUGGGCGGGACUAUAUGUGAUUGGGCGUGGAGAGCAAGUGGGAUCAGUUUCUUGUUUCUUGUCUUGUGUAUGUGAAUACCUAAAAGAUGCUGCAUUGUGGCUUUUACAGACCUGCCACUACAUCCCAGACUGACUUGAUCAUUUUCAGAACUAGCUACCGUUUGCCAGCUAAACUACAGGGGGAGGAGGGCUGGGCCUUUUCUUGCCCUGGGAGGUAACGAGGAUGUGAGCAGGUAGAGAAGGAUUAAAGGGGAAAGCAUGAGCUUCCUGUGGUAAGGGACCAUGCGGGAGAGCAGCAACAUGUAAGCAGUGCUGGACUGCAGCUCUCAGUAUGAAUAGUGAGUACGCUCUGUUCGGUGUUUAUACUGGCUCACAAACACUGAUGCCUUUUUCUUGGUCCUGACAGAUAAUGAGCGUGCAUGUGGCCAUGGAGUAAUAAGCAGGCUAAACUGGACAUUACGUGUAAGGGAAGAAAGGUCAACAAGUGGGUGGAUUAAAGAUUUAAGAGCCAGUCGUUUGGAUGCACAUCUAUCUGUGUGCUGCUGUCCUCCCAGAACUGUAGCAAUUACACGUUGCUCUUUAUAAUGGAGUUCAGGGUGGCCCUGGUUCAUUUCAUACGUGAAUUUGCUAUACCUUUGAACCAGCAAGUGUUUAAACUGAGCUCUGAGUCCAGAAUCAAGUCUCAUGUACACCAGCCUACAUCCAUAGUUGUUCCAUUGAAUUCAGUGGGUUAGCUCCAGAUUUACGCCCAAAUGAAAACAGAAUUGUCACCGAACAUUUCAGUAGUACGUGGUGAUUGAAUCCCCAUUGCUUGCUUGACACCCAGAGGGCCUGGGGUUUUUUUCUUUUUUUUUACUUACACCAGUUUUACCCCAAUGCAUUUCCAUUGGCUUUAGUGAAGUUACUCCGGAUUCACCCUGGUGUAAGUAAGAAAUGAUUUGGUGCGUGCAAUUUUUCUUUAUUAUAUAAAGAAAAGUAAUAUUGGUGCAUACCAUGGCUAUGUGAAUCUGUACAAUACUUCAGAAAUCAGUUCUGUUGGUUAACGUUGUUUGGGUGGUUGAUAUUCUCUGAAAGUAGUUAUGGAAUUGCUCGAAGAAGCAAAUAUUUUCAGUGCCAAACAUUCAACGUGACUAUUUUAAAAGGGGGGGACUAAGGGCUAAACCGCAGCUUCAAAGAGGUGUUCUUACAUGUACAAUAAGGUUUGUAAAUCCAAUUUAGAUGCAGCAUUUUUACUUAACUUUAUAAAAACAAAAAGUGCCAAAAUGCAAUUUUUCAUGCUGAUUGACAUAAAGUUGAUAUUUCUUGGUUUCCUGUUUACCAGAAUGCAUGAUACAAUGUAACUGAGCAUGAUUUGGUGGAGUAAUGAGGGAAGACGAUGGGAGGGGACUUUGGAAUGUGUUAGAAGGAGCUUAAAACAAAGUUAAUGAAGAGUUUAAUGAACUGCAGUAUUACACAGCUUGGCUAGGAAAUGAGAAGGUAUUCAAAUCUGAGUUGCAUCUUGAGCAUUCAUAGCUAUAUACAAUGUGCAGCUUCAGAAAAUGAAUUGUGAACACAAUCACCUUAGCAUGAAUCUUUUGAAAGGAAGACAAAGUAUUUACAAAUCUGAAAUUCUAUUUAUUCCUUUUGCUGAAUAUAGAAACAGAGGUUAUCUGAUUAUUAGAUAUAUUAUUUUGGAUAUAUUUUACUUAUUAACUUGCUAUGGCUGGUAACCAUGAUAAUGUCUGUUAUUAACAACCACAUAAUUCAAUUUUUCUUUUCUUUUUUUUUUAAAAAAAGCUUAUUUUCCAUUGGGAGUGUAUAGGUUAAUGAUAGACUUUGUUGUGUUUUGCUGUUUUUUGUUUUAAUUAAAAAGUAGCUUCGGUUAAAUUUUGGAAGUCCUUCCCAGCUCCGUUUUGAGGCCUGUGUUGAGUGCAGGUGCAGAGCUCAAUUUAAAAAUCAAAUUCUAAAGUAAAAUAAAUUUAUUUAUAAAAACCAGUUGCAUGCAUAAGGCUGUGAAGUCAAAUAUUUACUAAUAAAGCGGCAGUGCCUUUCUUUUUUGUAUUUACCCAUUUACCCCAAAUGCAACUGUUUUAUAAUAAGCAAGUAUCAAAUUAUUUCAAAUCUCAGAGUAACAAAUAUUUCACUACAUAUAAAUGUGGGGUUUUUUUUUCCGUUUUCUAACUAAAGCAGUGUGUAGUUGGUAUCUCUGCAAGCAUCUCUUCCAGUGACAGUAGUUUGCUACACUAUUAUCAUGUAUGAGGUUUUAUUGGUGCUUUUAUCCUUGGCGGUUUCUUACAGUUAUUAACAGUAGGGGGCAGACACACACAAGAGGCUGAGACAUACAAGGAAUGAAACAUUGCUGAUGGUUUUUCGCUGCUUCGGGUUUCACUUCUGAAUGACGGCCGACAAGGAAAACAAAAUCGCUUUUGUCUGCUUGGUGAUGCUGUCUGCACUGAGAAGCUAACAAAUUCCGUAUAUCCAAGUGUCCUUGGCUGUGUUCACACUGCAGAAAUGAACCUCUUUUGCCCCCAGGUCAAGCUUGGCUGCCCCACCCAUCGGAUUGCCCUGCUGAGCUGGACAGGAUCAGCAGGGGCCAACACCGGUAGAGAAGUGUGCCAGGCCCCUGGCAGGUUCACCACAGGGCACCCCUCCUCGGAAAGCACAUCUGUUAAACAAGUGCUUAAGUUCCGCUCACUUCAAGGGGACUUACGCAUGGGUUUAAAGUUAAGCACAUGCUUUGCUGAAUAGGAGCUGGAAUAAGAUGCGUUGCGCAAUGAGUGCUCAACGGGGCUUACCUUGACCACUGCAGCCAGACAAGUGUUUGCCUGUCGAGAGUGGGAUGUUGACGAUGUCACCCUGUUGUUAACAUGGCUCAUUUUUGCAGUGGACACAGCCUUCUAAUCGUCCCAGAUUAGGGCUAAAUUGCCCCUUUCCUCCCACCUUCCUGGUAAGGGACAAGUAAGUAUUCAUGACACUGAGGAAACCCUGCUUUUCCUUUGAGGUGCCAUGAGCUAACCCUUUCAAGGACAAGCCCUUUGUCUAAGUAGUAAUGCAGGUACCUGAGCUGGGGAUCAGCCUGUUUCUCUCAGAUGGUGGAAGUCGGGGGAUUUUUCCCCAGUCACCAACAGGCCUUCACAGAACUGUUGCUUUGUUCAAGUAGAUCAGUGACAUGCACACGGUGCAGAACGAGUAUCAUGCAGGCCCUGUUCCACACAUAUAAGAACAUAGGACUGAGAACCAGAGCUCAGAUUUUAGUCAGCACUUAAAAAUAUUUCUGUUGUCAACUUUCUCUCUCUUGGGGUGCAGAAACAGGACCCAUUUUAGGCUUUCUGAAUGUGCCUGAUGAAAAGUAGAUCCUGCAGAAGUAUAAUUUGCACACAGUUAUGAUAACACUAAAGUUGAUUUUAUACAAGUCAUCAGAGUUGCAAAGUGAGUUUUAUUUUUUGUAUUCCUUUAUCUUUACUUAAAGGUGAAUGUGUAUUCCUCUGGGAGGAAUAGGAAGAAAACAGGAAUGUUAAUAAUGUUAAACAGAAUACUUCCUCCCUUAUUAAUAUAUAACCCUUAUGUAUUUAUGCAUAACGUAAGCUUACUUUAAAAAGCUUUGGACUUUCUUUCGUUGCAUGCCAUCUUCUGGCAGUUCCUUAUCGUACAUGCAUGCAUUUAGUCCUGUUUUCUCUGUAUAAAGUUAGUGCACAAAGAAAUAUUUUUGCCUAGUUAAUGUUGCCAAGCAAUGCAUAUUUUUUAAAUUUGUCAUAUAUGGAAAUAGCAUGUUUGUUACAUGUAAAAGCUUCCUGAUAUAAAGAAAUACUAAUGUUUGAAGAUGCUGUUCUUUGCAAGUGUACAGUUUUCAAAUGUUGUUACCAGUGAAACACCCUUGUGAUUUAAACUUGCUACAAUGUAUUUAUUACUCAUUUCCUCCCAUGUAACUAGGAAUCAUGGCUAUAUUUCAUAUCAACAUUAUAUUGAAAGUGAAGGGAGAUGAUUAAUACAAGGUUUUGUAACA